AUGUUGGAUACCCAAAAUGAUGCAGAAGCAAUAGCUCACUCUUACGACCAGGUCAUCGUCGCCCUCGCGACCCUCCAGUCCUCAGUUCAGGACCUAUCCCGUGCCUACAUCCAGCAUGCCAAUACGGUGCUCACACCGGGCAAACAUGGCCUUAACCCAAUCGAUGCCAACCUUACCAGCAUCCUGACCGACUCUGGCCUUCUGGCUGCACGACCUGCCGAAGCUGCCCCGGCUGCACCAGAACCGGAAACCGAUGGGAAGAAGAAACGCAAGAGGACACCCCAUGACCCGAAUGCACCAAAGCGUGCUCUCACCCCGUACUUUCUGUACAUGCAAAGUGCUCGUGCCACCAUUGCCAAAGAGUUGGGGGACCAGGCUAAGCCAAAAGAAGUCGCCGACGAGGGUACUCGCAGAUGGACCGAGAUGAGCCCUGCUGAGAAGAGUGUGUGGGAUGACAAGUACCAGAAGAAUUUGGCCGCCUAUCGUGUCAAGAUGGCAGCAUACAAGGCUGGACAGCCGGUCCCUAGUGAUGAAGAGGCUACUCGUCUCGUCGAUAUAGGCAAGGCCCCAGAACACAUCGGUCUCGAUGCAGAAGGAGAGACGGAGGAGGAGCCUGUUGCUGCCGAGUCGUCUCCAGAGCCGUCCCCCGAACCCGUCAAGGAACCUAGCCCACCAAAGUCUAAGCGCCGCAAGACCAAGGAUGCCACUCCCAGCAAGCCCACCCCGGCCAAGCCUGAGAUCAAGUCGCCAGAGAAGAAGACCAAGAAGAGUAAGAAGGAGAAGGAGGCCCCGGUAGCUCCAGCCUCGUCAGCUAAGAGCGAGAAGACGAGAAAGGCUAAGAGGUAA